GGUCUACCUGUCCAGCCCCAGUCUCGAGCCGUAACCACCGGACCAACAGAAAUGGUAGUUCAAUGCUGUCGGUUCCUGUGUUACUUUUGCCGCACGUCAAUGCAGAAUCAGAAGGCCAUGUUUGAACAUCUCAGUUAUAUGCUUGAAAACUCGUCCAUGCUUUUGUCUCGUCCUAGUUUACGUGGCACCUGCCCACUUGAUGUGGCCUAUUCAUCUCUGAUGGACAACAACGAACUGGCUCUGGCGCUGCGGGAGAAGCAGCUUGAAAAAAAUAUACGAAAACUUAGCAUUGGUUCAUUGGGGACAAUAAACCGAGUACUUCUUUGCACAAUCCAACUGUCCUCAUUUCCCUGCAAUCAUCCUUCAGAUUCUGCCUUAAUGUAUUGCAUGUGCAAGUAUCUUUUCUCUUGUCAAAAUCGCUAUACUCUGCAACAUUUUUUGGUGCAGAUCGCUGUUUACCUGUCGCGUUGUGGUGGCCAAUCGAAUGCAGAGCUUUUAAACAAGGGUUAUCCAGACAUUGGAUGGGAUCCUGUCGAAGGAGAACGAUUUCUUGACUUUCUUCGCUUUACGGUGUGGGUUAAUGGUGAGCCUAUUAAUCUGUUUCCUUAA